AUGCGUUACGCUAUUGCUGCCUCCGCCAUCCUCGGCGCCGUCGCCGCUGCUCCUCAGAUAAUCAACGUCGAGGCUGCCCUGGCUGUCCCUACCCCCACAAUCCUUGGUCCUGCCAUUGAGGCAACCAAGCCUGCUGCUGUCUCCUAUAACCCAAUUGUUGCGGCUUCCGCCGCCGCCGAGGUCGUCAAGAACGAGGGUGUCAUCGAGAAGCGCGAUGUCAGCGCCUGCGGUGAUGCCCUUCCGGGCGGCAACGGACCUUCUCCCGCCUCUGGCUUUGCAGACAGCGACUACACCGCUGAGGGCAGCAGCUUGAGGACAAUUGCUAAGAACGCCGCUACUCCUUCCGGCUAUGACCUCUCUUUCCAGAACUUGCUCGGUAGCUCGCAGCAGAUCGGUUACCUCACCUACAAGAACCUCGACUCCUACACCCCCCAGCUCUGUGCCGACGCUUGCGACUCUGAGAAGUACUGCCAGGGUUUCAACAUUUUCUUCGAGCGUGACCCCAAGUUCGACCCUAAGGAUGGCUGUGCCAACCCUCAGGCUGUCACCAACGUCAAGUGCUCCCUCUACGGCUACAACGUUGCUGAACUCGCUGCUACCAAUGAGGGUCAAUGGCGUGGUCCCCAGGACAAGAACGGCCAGGCUUUCCACGUCGUUAUCACCGGCUCCAACGGUUACUCCAAGCAGAGCAAGGCUCUGCCUACUGCUCCUGGCUUCCAGACUGGUACCAGUCUUCCUGGUGCCAUCAACGCUCCUCUUGACAGUACUGACAACAACUACGACACUUACAGCGGUAUGAGACUGUUUAACGACAACCCUUAUGAUCCUUCUCUUUGCGCCGCCGCUUGCGAGGCUCAGACUACCUACGAUAUCAACCACCCUGCUCAGGACGGCAGCUACAAGACCUGCAACUUCUUCACCUCCUACGUUCUUACUAAGAACGACGUACCUCUCGGCACCUACUGCUCCUUCUACACCCGCACUUGGGAUUCCAGCUACGCCGUCAACACCGGCUUCUGGUACGGCUCUGACAGGUACUCCGUUCGCAACGCUGCCUCCUACGUCAUCACGAAUCCCACCCCCAAGAAGGGUCCGACCGCUUCUCCUUAA